AUGGCUGGUGUGGUUGGUAAUAUACCCUACCAGACUACCGAAGACGCCAUCGGUAACCAUUUCAGCCAGGCAGGUCGUGUGACGAAUGUCAGAAUUGUUUACGACCGUGAAACUGGUCGCCCGAAAGGUUUCGGAUUCUGUGAGUUCUCUGAUGAGGCCGGAGCUCAGAAUGCUGUCAACACUCUUAAUGGAACAGAUUUCAAUGGGCGCUCGCUGCGCGUCAACUGGGCCAACAAGAACUGA